AUGUUAACAGCAAAAGCCGAAGAAUUUGCUGAAAAAUUAGACAUCACAAAUUUCAAAGCAUCUGUUGGCUGGCUCGAGAAUUUUAAAUCUCGGCAGGGGAUUUCCUUUAAGAGAGUCUGCGGGGAGGAGAAAUCAGUAGACACCCAGUCGACUGAUACGGUCCUUUGGAAUGAAAAGCUGCCUAACAUUCUGCAAGCCUAUACUCCAGACAAUAUCUAUAAUGCAGACGAAACCGGGAUAUUCUACAAGAUGCUACCAGACAAGACCAUGGAGUUUAAAGACGUCAACUGCCACGUAGGAAAAAAGAAUAAAGAAAGAAUUACAGCCAUGGUCUGCGCCAACAUGAGCGGCACCGACAAGGUCCCCUUACUGGUGAUCGGCAGAGCAUCAAACCCCCGCUGUUUCAAGCACGUCAAGUCACUCUCCGUCGAAUAUUACUCAAACAAGAAGGCAUGGAUGACUUCAGAGAUCUUUACAGAAUGGGUGAAGAAACUAGAGAAGAAGAUGCUUAGGAAAAAAAGGAAGAUUGCGCUGAUCGUUGAUAAAUGUCCAGCUCAUCCGAAGAUAGCAGGCCUCAAAGCUGUUGAACUUGUAUUCCUGCCUCCGAAUACCACCUCAAAAACACAGCCAAUGGAUCAAGGAAUUAUACAAAACCUGAAAGUACACUACAGAAAGCGAGUCCUCCUGAAGUUCAUUAAGGCAAUCGACAGAGGAGGUCAGAAGUUCACAAAACUGGAUUUAAGACAGGCAUACUCACAGGUGGAGCUGGAGAGUGACUCAGAGGAGUACCUUACAAUAAACACGCAUCUUGGACUAUUUCGCUACCGAAGACUUGCGUAUGGAGUAAGCUCCGUUAGCGCCAUAUUUCAGGCAAUUAUGGACAAGAUCCUGUCAGGACUACCACAAGUCGUGUGUCGAAUUGAUGACAUUUUGAUCACAGCCCCCGAUGAUGAAACCCAUUUUAAGACUGUUAAGGAGGUUUUUUAUCAUUUGCGCCAGUACAACAUGACACUGCGGCAGGACAAGUGCAUCUUCAUGGCGGAUCAGGUCGUUUACAUGGGAUUCAUGGUGGACAAACACGGGAUACAUCCCACAGAUGAGAAGAUUGCUGCAAUUCGUGAUGCUCCUAGACCAACAAACGUGAAAGAACUAAAGGAGCAGCUUUGA